UUAAAAACACUUAAAAGUGUAAACGAAACCUGUAACAAGUUAACCGGGCACUUUUACCUUUUUUAUUUUUUGGUUUUACUAAUCGUUUGUUGGUGAUUGGUAGCAUAAUUAAAAAUUUGGUUGGUAAUAGUUUUUCUGGAAUAUUAAAAACAAAUUGUUCGAUAAGGGGGUAAAUUGACGCGAGAUCUUUUGGUAGUUACGAAUAGCUUAGUUAAUAAGUUUGGUGGUCAUCAGUGGUCAUUGGUUAUGCUGCGUGGAUGAAAAACCGAGUGAUUGCGCAUGCGUACAAAUAGGCUCCUCCGAUACUAGCGCUUCGUAUAUCGAACUAAAAUCAGAAAUCCCAAACAGUACGUCCAUUUUCGCUGAGUGUUCAGACGUGUAUAUAAGAGCAUGUAAUGGCUACCUCCAAAACUACAAACACUUACAACAGGCAAAAUUGGGAGGAUGCCGAAUUCCCAAUAUUGUGUCAAACUUGUUUAGGAGACAAUCCAUAUAUUCGUAUGACAAAAGAACGAUAUGGAAAGGAGUGUAAAAUCUGCAUGCGGCCAUUUACAGUCUUUAGAUGGUGUCCAGGUGCUAGAAUGCGUUUCAAGAAGACUGAAGUCUGUCAAACAUGCAGUCGUUUGAAAAAUGUCUGUCAAACCUGUCUGCUAGACUUGGAAUAUGGAUUACCUAUUCAAGUCCGUGAUGCAGCACUGAAGAUCAAGGAUGAUCUGCCACGGUCAGAUGUGAACAAAGAAUAUUAUGUACAGAAUAUUGAUAAUGAAAUAGGCAAGAUCGAUGCCACAACACCUGCUGGAGCAGUUGGAAAGUCAGCAGCAGCUAGUGACCUCUUAAUGAAAUUGGCAAGAACUAGUCCAUAUUACAAAAGAAACAGACCACACAUUUGUUCAUUUUGGGUAAAAGGCGAGUGUAAAAGAGGUGAAGAGUGUCCCUACCGUCACGAGAAACCGACGGAUCCUGACGAUCCUCUGGCUGAUCAAAAUAUCAAGGAUCGUUAUUAUGGUGUUAAUGAUCCUGUAGCUGACAAGUUAAUGCGAAGAGCAGCUGCAAUGCCAAAGCUUGAUCCACCAGAGGAUAAAUCCAUCACGACCUUGUAUAUUGGGAAUCUUGGAGACAUUCUUACUGAGAAACAAUUACGUGACCAUUUUUAUCAAUAUGGAGAGAUUCGAUCAGUGACUAUGGUUCCACGUCAGCAAUGUGCAUUUAUUCAGUACACGCAAAGAAGUGCUGCAGAAGCAGCUGCUGAAAGAACAUUCAACAAAUUGAUACUUGGUGGAAGACGUUUGACCAUCAAGUGGGGUCGCUCUCAGGGUCGACAAACAGUAUCUGCUGCUGAGGCAACAAGGGAAAUGCUCGAACCAGUCCCUGGUUUACCUGGGGCCUUACCACCACCUCCUGAGACCAUGGGAAAUAAUUUCUUCAACUUGCAAGCCACUCCAGGAAUGAUGCCACCAAUGAUAAUCCCACCACCACCAGUAGCACCGCAAUUUAUGUUUCCUCCACAGAUGACAGCGGCUGCUCCAAUAUUUCCUCCAGGAACCACACCUAUCCAUUAUCCAAGUCAGGAUCCAUCAAGAAUGGGCGCCACGCAGGGUAUCGGAAAACCGUGGCCCGAAGAAGAUUAAUGCAAUUUAAUUUUGCGUUCAUUGACCAAUUAGGCGACGGUUUUCCAAUCUUAAUAUUUAAGUUGUGUUUUUCUUUGUAAGUUAAAAAUCUUAUUAAAGACAAGCAGUUGUCACUCAA